CGUGAUAUCUUCAAAUACCAACAGGUCCAUCUCAAGACUUCGUUGCCUAACCCUCGCCACUUCAAGAACAUGUAACAUUUACCGCCGACUUGGUCAAUUGAUCUUAUCGCCUCCUUCUUCUACCUAUGCAUUCCUUCGCGUCACUUCCUACACUUCUCCAAAUCCUACCGUCAUUCCCAUUGACACGUGCUCCUCAACACCAAAUGCCAUCAGCCAUUCAAUUCUUUGACCAUCGCCUUCAAAUCACCACCGCGGUGGCCCGAUAGGUGUCCUCUGACACUGAAAAUGUCUUCUCCGGAAUCCAUAAGCUCAACCAGCAGCAACAACCCCUCUGAUCUCGAGCCCUCACAACCCGCGUACCAUCCUUUGCCGCAGCCUCCGUAUCAACCACCUACCCUUCCCAAUCAUGCCUCUACAUCCUCCUCAUCUUGGUCUCAACGGCCACUACCUGAACUUCCACAUCAGUCUGAUUCUCUCACAGCCAGUGCUCUGAUUCCUGCUACUCCCCAUGAUCGUCCACUUCCAAAUCCAUCAGAAGAAACCCUAGAACAGCGCAGGCAGAGCCUUAGAACCUCGGAUCGAAAACGAAGACUAACGAAUCCGAUUCACGAUGGAGCAAACAGAAGACCCAACGACCCUUAUACCAAUGGUUUCUCAGAUCAAUCUCGUGCCGAUAACACUUCGAUCUCCGGCUCGAGACCCGUCACAGAUGUUAUAGACUUGACUGGGACUUCUCCGUCGAGAGGCCCCAACAACGACCUUGCAAGGACGCCUUCACAAAAUUCCAGGCAAUAUACCGUGCCUCGCUGGCAGCCAGACUCGGAGGUUCAUGAGUGCUUCAUUUGCAACCGGCCAUUUUCCUUCAUGUUCCGGAGGCAUCAUUGUCGAAAGUGUGGGCGGGUAGUGUGUAACGAAUGCUCUCCUCAUCGCAUCACCAUUCCUCGCGCCUUUAUCGUACAACCACCACGGCUCGACCUGUCUCAUUCGCCCACGCUAAAUUCGACUCAAGUACGGUCAGGCGAAGUCAGGCCGCGGGCCCAAUCCAGUUCCCAGUGUCAUCAGCUAGGAUCCUAUCUCGAUGGAGGGGAAAAGGUUCGACUUUGCAACCCUUGUGUUCCCGACCCCCAACCAAGUCCCGCGACCAACUAUUACACCACCUCAGGUUUCUCUCAAAGUCCAAACGUUCCUGGCGGCCACAUGAACCAUCCAGCACAAAGCAGCUAUGCCGCUGGACACAGGCAGACCAUGUCGUUGUCGAGCGUACAGAGGCCAUCGUUUGCCACCGAUGUCCAUACUAGCAUGCCAAUCCAGGACCCACCAGCUCUCCCUGCCGCUCUACCGCCAUCUUUGCCCUCUACAUAUGCCAACACGGGUACCCAUGAGCCCGCUUUCCCUUGGUUUGGGUUCUCCACAGCUUCAUCGCCGUCCCGUCCUCGAUGGGCACCAUCCUCCGGACCGGCUCGACAGCCCAGCGACCUUGACACAGUACGCCCACCCGUUUUUCCAGACACAUCCCAGAAUGUUCUCAGCAUGCCCGGGAUGCCCAGAAGCUUGGACAGCCGAACGGCCCGACCUGAACAUGCGGGUGCCUCGCACAGCGCACCAUACCGGCCCCGAGGCUCGUCGUUGAUGGGAGACUCCCGACCCAUAGCGACUCGGGCAUCGCAGAACCCCUUUGUCACGUCUCGUCGAGUUCGCCUAGCGGAAGAAGAUAUUUGUCCCAUAUGUCGACGUGCGCUACCACCUCGAGGCCCAAGUGGAGAUGAGAGUGCGAGAGAAGCCCAUAUUGUAGACUGUAUCCGAGCACGAGACCCCGGAUACCAAGAUGAAGGUGGUGCUGGUGGGGGUAGCAGCGGAAUGCGAAUUCACAUGUUGCCGUUUACGGCCACAGAAAAAGAUUGCGUGGGCGAAGAUGGCACCACUCAAGAGUGCUCGAUAUGCAUGGUUGAAUACGACGUCGGGGAUGAAUUGGCUCGCCUGGAAUGCUUGUGCAAGUUCCACAAGGACUGUAUCGUGGAAUGGAUGUCACACAAGGCCGAAUGCCCAUUACACAAACUGUUGACAUAGAAUGUCUUUGGGCCAGACUUACGGGUAUUAUGACAUGACGACAGUAAUGAUGACGACGACGACGACGAUGUUGAGUGAAGCGUGAAUGUUGUGCAUUUGAAGGCUGGCAGACGUGUAUUGAAUUUAUGAACGCGGUCUGAUCGAGUUCGUUGAUCGCAGGGUCACUGCAGGCAGUCCCUUGGGAUAGGCAUGUAUUGGCUUAUACACUUGGUACAAGAGGAAAUAUUGGAUAUUCACUAUGGGAUAGGAGGUGCGUUUGAAUUAUAUCUUAAAUGCUAUAUGAUUGCAUGUAGUUAGCC